GACAGUUUGCUCAAUUUUAGUUUGACAAUCUAUCUUAAAUACUUGAUUGCAAGGUAUCUUAUAUUGAAUUAAUAAAUUAAUUCUGUAAUUCAUAACAAUUUCAUUUAGAAAGAUGCUUUCCCAAUCAGUUUUAAGUGGUAUUCGUGUACUUCGUAAAGAAGCUCAACGCAAUUUUGGAAUAGUUGCUCCAGUAUUGAAUAAAGUUCAAGAUCCUAUUCAACAGCUCUUUCUUGAAAAACUUCGGGAAUAUAAGUCAAAGAGCGCUGGUGGCAAAUUAGUUGAUGCAUCACCCCAAAUUGAAAAAGAAUUAAAAACCGAAUUAGAAAGAGUAGCCAAACAAUACGGUGGUGGACAAGGUGUUGAUAUGACAAAAUUCCCAGAAUUUAAAUUCGAUGAUGUUAAACUUGAUCCAAUCAGCCAAGCUGCAGAAAAAUAAUUUAGUUAUCAAAUUUAAAAAGAAAAUUUAAUAUGUAUAAACCAAUUUGUUCCAAGAUUCUUGUAAUUGUAUUUUAAUUUCUUCUUACAAAAUUCUAACAAAAAAUAGACUCAAUGGGUCUUUUUGAAGAAAUUGCAAAAAUAAAACGAAAAUUGUUUAGUUAUUAAAUACAAAAA